AGCGUUUCUACGGAAACUCCAUUGGGCCAAACCACUGUUAAACCCUUCGCGAUCUGCGAUUUCGACAGUCAGACAUUCUUCCGAUGGUGAGAUAAUGGCGAGAAUGUGGCCGCUAUUCAAGGCUAAGAAGAAAGCUGCUGCAUUUGUCGAUCGUUGUUGAGUGUGGUCCUGGUCGGUGGUGUUAGACGGCUCGAUGAGAGGAGGAAGCAGCGACGGAAAGGUCCCGGUGGCGGCUUCAAGGAUACUGCUGCGAUGCUACGUAGGCAUCUGAAAGAAAAGGGCUUUUCUACCAUGAGAGAGUGUGUUUGAGACCAGAGGAACUCUAUCGACAUAGUUUCGGCUGUUUCCUGCUGGCUUUUUAAGAAAUUGAGUUUUUUGUUUGCUUUUACAGUUACAUUGAAGAUAGACAGCAAGCUAGUGAAGUUUUGGGGAAUGGCAGGUCGAAGUAGAAGAGCAUGGUUUAGUGUUCUGCUGGGACUGGUUGUCGGGUUCACGCUGGCUUCCAGGCUCAUUUUACCCAAGGCGACCGAAUUAAAGAAGGCUGGACACAAACGAAAAGCAGACCCUGCUGGCUGUGGAUUGAACGGGGGUCUCAGGAAGGAAUACAGCGGAGCAUUAUGGCCACCGCAAGUUAACGGUUCGCCGGCGACCGAGAAGCCUGGCUCCAGAUCCACUAAUUUCUUAUUCGUUGGUGUCAUGACCGCCCAGAAGUACCUGAACAGCCGAGCCGUGGCAGCACACAGGACAUGGGCACAGACAAUUCCAGGUCACGUGGAGUUUUUCUCCAGCGAAGGCUCUGAUACAUCCAUACCCAUUCCCAUAGUCGCUCUAAGGAAUGUGGAUGACUCGUACCCACCCCAGAAGAAGUCAUUCAUGAUGCUUAAGUAUAUGCAUGACCAUUACCUGAACAAGUAUGAGUGGUUCAUGAGGGCAGAUGAUGACGUCUACAUCAAGAGUGAAAAGCUGGAGAGUUUCCUGCGCAGCCUCAACAGUAGUGAGGCGAUCUUCCUUGGCCAAACAGGAAUGGGUGCCCGAGAUGAGCUCGGGAAACUCGCCCUGGAACCUGGGGAGAACUUCUGCAUGGGGGGACCAGGUGUCAUCAUGAGCCGUGAAGUCCUUAAAAGGAUGGUGCCCCACAUCCGAGAGUGUUUGCAAGAGAUGUACACCACCCAUGAAGAUGUGGAGGUUGGCCGGUGUGUCAGGAGAUUUGCCAAGGUUCAGUGUGUCUGGUCCUAUGAGAUGCAGCAGCUCUUCUAUGAGAACUAUGAACCAAACAAAAAGGGCUACAUACGAGAUCUUCAUAGCAGCAAGAUCCACCGAGCCAUCACCCUCCACCCCAACAAGAACCCUCCCUACCAGUAUCGCCUACACAGCUACAUGCUCAGCCGGAAGAUUGCAGACUUGCGCCACCGAACCAUUCAGCUCCACCGGGAGAUCGUCCAAAUGGGGCGCUAUGGAGCAGCUGAGCCCAGCCGAGAGGACCUGCAGCUUGGCAUGCCUCCUUCAUUUAUGCGUUUCCACCCACAUCAGAGAGAGGAAGUUCUAGAGUGGGAAUUCCUGACAGGGAGAUACCUGUUCUCAUCAUCUGACAGUCAACCACCCCGUCGUGGGAUGGACUCCUCUCAAAGGCAGGCCCUUGAUGACAUCAUCAUGCAGGUGAUGGAGAUGAUUAAUGCCAAUGCCAAGACACGGGGCCGAGUCAUUGAUUUCAAAGAAAUCCAGUAUGGCUACCGGAGGGUCAAUCCAUUACAUGGGGCAGAAUAUGUGCUGGAUCUGCUGCUGUUGUACAAGAAGCACAAAGGAAAGACCAUGACAGUUCCAGUGAGGAGGCACGCCUACCUGCAGCAGACUUUUAGCCAAAUCCAGUUCAGAGAGGAGGAUGAGAUAGAUGCCAGAGGUCUAGCCAGCCACAUCAACAAGGAGUCAGAUUCUCUCUCAUUUCUGUCCAACUCCCUCAAGAUGCUGGUGCCCUUCAAGCUGACCACCUCUGGACAGGACCAGAGGGAACCAAAAGAUAAGAAAGUCAACAUCUUGGUACCUCUGUCAGGGCGCUAUGACAUAUUCGUGCGCUUCAUGGCUAACUUUGAAAGAGUUUGUCUGAUCCCCAACCAGAAUGUCAAACUACUGAUCCUCCUCUUCAGCACAGAAAACAACACGGAACGGGUCAGACAGGUGGAGUUGAUGAGGGAGUAUCACAUGAAGUAUCCCCGGGCUGAGAUCGAGAUCAAGCCUGUUACUGGUUCCUUUUCCAGGGCAGUGGCUUUGGAAGUGGGUUCCUUGCACUUCUCUAAUGAUUCACUGCUCUUCUACUGUGACGUAGAUCUGCUCUUCUCCAGCGACUUCCUCAAGCGAUGUCGGACCAAUGCUGCACUGGGGGAGCAGAGCUACUUCCCCAUCAUCUUCAGCCAGUAUGAUCCCAAAGUAGUGUAUGCUGGGAAGGUCCCUAGCAACAACCACUACGUCUUCACCUCUAAAACAGGCCUGUGGAGGAACUACGGCUUUGGGAUUGUCUGCGUGUACAAAGGAGACCUGGUUCGAGCUGGAGGCUUUGAUACCUCCAUACAAGGGUGGGGAUUAGAGGAUGUGGACCUUUAUAAUAAGUUUGUCCAGUCAGGGAUUAAGUUGUUCAGAAGCACAGACACAGGGAUAGUGCAUGUCCACCACCCGGUCAUAUGUGACCCCAACCUCGAGGCAAAGCAGUAUAAGAUGUGCCUGGGCUCCAAAGCCUCGUCACAUGGCUCCACCCAGCAACUGGCCGAACUCUGGCUAGAGAAGAACGACCUCAGCUUCAGGAGGCUGUCCAGCAGUAAUGGCUCAGUCAGGACAGUGUGAGGAAAAACUGAGCAGUAGCCUGUCAUAGACUGAACCCGGACACGUUCUGCACUCACUUCCUCCUCUCCGUGUUGUUUUCGCUACUUAAUUUAUUUUUUACUGAAAAGACUUUACAUGGAUAUUUUUUGAAAAUGUCUUUUUAAAAGAAAAUACACAGAAAUGCCAUAAUAAGAAAAAUGAACAAGUCAUAGAUACAGUCUGGGCUCUAGUAUGGAAGUACAUGUUAGGAUUUGUGAUAAAAGAAACAUUGACCAAUGUUCUUGUGUGAGCCGGAUUCCUUUAGGGGCCCAAGGCUCCUCAUGCCUGUUAAAUGUUGAAAAAGGGGCGACAUAAGUUAUUGUGUACCUUAGUCACAGUCCUGCAGUCCUGGGGGGCAGACUGAUGAAAAUGUACUCUAAGACCAUCAGUGCUCAAAACGACAUUCAACACCUGAUUGUGAGUGUUUACAAAAGACUGAUCCUAAGCAACACUUCAUGAAUGAAAACUCAAAUCACAGCAAUGUCAGUAGUCACUAAGGGCCAUUUAAUUGUAUUCCUUUGAUUUACAGCUGUUUCUUUUCCAUUUAAUUUUAUGGUUUUGGUAAUUUGAGUUAACACUGUUACUGUUUUUCUUCUUUAUAUUUUCUAUAUUAUUAAUUUCUGUGAACCCAACUGCUGGAUUUGAUAUCUGCAAUUCAUUAUUUGCUGUCUAAUUUAUUGAAUUUGCAGGCCCUAUUUUCUACUCUCUGACUGUUGAAAUAUGUAUAUUGGAAAGAUUGUAUAACCAUGUCAGUUGUGGGAUAGUGUUUUUUCAUGUUCCUCUUUCUUAAACUCAUUAACACCAAAGAGUUUUGCACA